AUGAAACAAGAGAAGAGAGCGUCGCCUGUUUUUUUGUCCGGGAUUUCAUUGGACAUCUCCGAGAACUGUCGGCCUCUGUUUUAUGAUUCGUGUUCUUUGAGUAUGGAUAAAGAGAAACCGAAUCUUCAUUCCCCUGAUACAGUUCUGGAGGACUUCUUUAGAAGUGAGGACUCUGAAACAGAGUCUUCGAAAGCAAGCACGUCUGAAAUUGAAGCUCAAAUAGAUCGAAAACCUGCUUCUUUAUGGACUGCAUUUAUUCAAUUAUUUAGAAAUGAGUCGAAAAGACAAUUCCCCAACUUGCAUCCUCUCAAUGCCUUCAAACUAUCCAAGAUAUUUAGCAGCAGCAUGAAAGAGUACGCGUGUGGCUUGUCUAAUCCCCUCAUCAAUGCCAAUCUAAACUAUUUCAAGCCUCACUGGAAGAACUUUAGUUUCUCCGAACUUCAAACUGCAACCAACUUCUUUGGCCAAGGUUAUUUGAUUGGGAAAGGUGGUUAUGCCGAAGUAUACAGGGGCUGUUUGGAAGGAGGCCAGCUAGUUGCAAUUAAACGAUUGACUAGAGGACCCAUGGAGGAGAGAAUCGGGGAUUUUUUAUCUGAACUCGGGAUAAUGGCUCAUGUUAACCAUCCCAAUACUGCUAAAUUGAUUGGCUAUGGGGUUGAAGGUGGAAUGUACCUUGUCCUUGAGCUGUCUCCAGUCGGAAGCUUGGCUUCUUUACUUCAUAAUUCGAAGAAGCUGGAAUGGGAUAUCCGGUAUAAGGUUGCCUUGGGAACAGCUAAGGGCUUACUGUAUCUUCACGAAGGUUGUCAAAGGAGAAUUAUCCAUAGAGAUAUUAAGGCUGCUAAUAUAUUGCUUACGGAAGACUAUGAACCUCAGAUUUGUGAUUUUGGACUUGCAAAAUGGCUGCCAGAGCAAUGGACUCACCUCACCCUAUUAAAAUUCGAAGGCACAUUCGGAUAUCUUGCUCCUGAGUUCUUAAUGCACGGCAUAGUAAAUGAAAAAACCGACGUUUUUGCCUUUGGGGUGCUGCUGUUGGAACUUAUUACUGGGCGUCGAGCACUGGAUUAUUCACAGCAAAGUCUUGUUAUGUGGGCAAAACCACUGUUGAAGAAGAACAAUAUUAAAGAGCUCGUCGAUCCCUCACUUUCCGAUGACUACAACUCGGUACAGAUGAAUCUCAUGAUUUUGGCAGCUUCUCUCUGCGUGCAGCAGUCUUCUGUUCGACGUCCUCGAAUGAGUCAGGUUCUGCUGCUUCUAAGAGGAAGCUGUGGUAGCCUAGACUUGGUACAAAAAUGUAGAAAGCUGUCCAGUUGGAAGAAGUAUUAUAAAGAGCUUUUUAGUGCAGAGGAACAUACCUUAAAUAGCAGUUUAAGUCUGCAGUCACAGAUGGUCCGGAAAGUCUGA